CUCAGUCUGGCUGGCCCCAUGUUACUGAGCGGAGCUCCUCCGGCGGGCUCCCGCCCGGGGCCGCGGGCGCAGGGGAGCGCUGGGGGCGGCCCGGGGGGGUCCCGCCGGGGCGCCGGGGGUGCGGGAGCCGGCCCAGGAGGGGGCGGCAGCGGCGGAGUAGCCAAGUGGCUCCGGGAGCACCUGGGCUUCCGCGGGGGGGGCGGCGGCGGAGGGGGCAGCAAGCCGGCGCCUCCCGAGCCAGACUACCGCCCCCCUGCGCCCUCUCCGGCCGCGCCCCCCGCGCCGCCCCCGGACAUCCUGGCCGCCUACAGGCUGCAGCGGGACCGCGACUUCGAAGACCCCUACUCCGGGGGGUCGUCCGGCUCCGCCGCCCUCGCCACCCCUGCCGCCCCCGGCCCCACGCCGCCCCCGCGCCACGGCUCUCCCCCACACCGACUUAUUCGGGUCGAGACCCCGGGGCCCCCGGCGCCGCCUGCUGAUGAGAGGAUCUCCGGACCCCCCGCCAGCAGCGAUAGGCUAGCUAUCCUAGAAGACUAUGCGGACCCGUUUGAUGUUCAGGAGACUGGUGAAGGCUCAGCAGGAGCUUCAGGAGCCCCAGAGAAGGUCCCUGAAAAUGAUGGCUACAUGGAGCCCUAUGAGGCUCAAAAGAUGAUGGCCGAGAUCCGGGGCUCCAAGGAGACAGCAACUCAGCCCUUACCUCUGUAUGACACACCCUAUGAGCCAGAGGAGGAUGGGGCCACCCCGGAAGGUGAGGGGGCCCCCUGGCCCCGGGAGUCCCGCCUGCCAGAGGAUGAUGAGAGGCCCCCCGAGGAGUAUGACCAGCCCUGGGAGUGGAAAAAGGAGCGGAUUUCCAAAGCCUUUGCAGUUGACAUUAAGGUCAUCAAAGACCUACCUUGGCCUCCACCUGUGGGACAGCUGGACAGCAGCCCCUCCCUGCCUGAUGGGGACAGGGACAUCUCCGGUCCAGCCUCGCCCCUCCCUGAGCCCAGCCUGGAGGACAGCAGCGCCCAGUUUGAAGGACCAGAGAAGAGCUGCCUGUCACCUGGCCGGGAGGAGAAGGGGCGGCUACCUCCCCGACUCUCUGCAGGGAACCCCAAGUCAGCUAAGCCCCUAAGCAUGGAGCCCAGCAGCCCCCUGGGGGAGUGGACAGAUCCAGCACUGCCUCUGGAAAACCAGGUCUGGUAUCACGGGGCCAUCAGCCGAACCGACGCCGAGAACCUGCUCCGGCUGUGCAGAGAGGCCAGCUACCUGGUGCGCAACAGCGAGACCAGCAAGAAUGACUUCUCCCUCUCCCUCAAGAGCAGCCAGGGAUUCAUGCACAUGAAGCUGUCCCGAACCAAGGAACACAAAUAUGUGCUGGGCCAGAACAGCCCGCCCUUCAGCAGCGUCCCUGAAAUUGUGCACCACUAUGCCAGCCGCAAGCUACCCAUUAAGGGAGCCGAACACAUGUCCCUGCUCUACCCUGUAGCCAUCCGGACUCUUUAGAUGUGAAGUCAGGGCACUGUGAUAGACCUGUACCCAGCCCUGUGCCCAUCACCUGGCUGAGGGCUGUGGCUCUUGCCAGGGACAUGAUCUUUCAAACCUUUCUUCUCCUGGGAUCCAGUAGAAGCUGGAGAUUCCGUAAUUUAUUCUAAAGGGAAAGGGCUCCUGGGGCCUUGGAGUAAGGGGUUGUCUGGAGCUGGGGAUAGAGGAAUCCCUGGAGAGAAAGGAUAGCCCCUGGAGGAAGGGGGUUCCAGAGCUGCUGGGGUCUUAGGGAGUUUCAGAUUGGCAGCUCCGGCUCCUUUCCGACCUUAGGGCAGAGGUGGUGACCUCCACCACCACCACCCUCUCCCCACUGGGUCCGUGCGAGGUAGAGCAGAAUUUGGCCCCAUGGGGCGCCUGACCACCUCUCUGCCUCCGUCCCCGACUUCCACCCCAGACCGUCGGAGGGCUCCGCCCAGAGUCUGGUACAAGGUUUGGGGAAGACAGGCCCCUGGGAAGCAGCGGGCUUUGGGGGGUGGGGAGAGAAGGGGAGAAGCUCGGGCAGAGGGAACUGUGCAGUCCCCAGGCCGUCCCGGCUCCGGGCCAGAGGCAAUAAAUAAACCCGAUCCUGCCGGGCACAGCCGCGCCCGCGCCUCCGGCGCCGUCCCCGGGCUUACGGGGGAGGGAGCGGAGAAGCGAGCGCAGAUUCUGCUUAUAAAUCAGCUCUGGAGCAGACACAGCCCGGCUGUGAAAAGCACUUGCGAAGCAUCAAGUUCCUUUCUUUGAUGAGAUGUCAAAACAUCCCCGCCGCCCCCGCCCCGGCUAGGGGCACCCGAGGCCCGCUGGCCGCGCGGCGCCCCGUCCCCACGGCGCGCGGCUUCCCCAGAGCGCGUCCAGUUUCCUGCCAACAGCCAUUUGUCUGGGAGGAGGGGAGGCGCGGAGAGACAAAGAGGCAGCGCGCCAGGCCCGAGCGCGGGGCGGCCUGCCACGCGGAAGCCGCGCGCCAGCGGAGGCGGGAAGGCUGGCGGGGCGGGUCGCGGGGGCCGCGCUCGUCUGCUUGGCCGAAGAACUGAGGGCCUGCGGCGCCUCCCUCGCGCCCUGACGGAAGGGUUUGUCCCGGGCAGACCCGCGGGCGUGGCCGGCCUGCGAGCCCCUAACCACCGGCCCGCGGCCUAGGACGGCACCCCGACCGGCGCCCACCGCUGGAACUCGCCCAGGCCUCUGGGCCGGCCCAGGGAGGCCCACUGGGCCGCCAGGCGGAGCGGCUCUCAGGCUGCCCCAGGCCCGCCCCACCUCGCGGGCAGGCUGGUCAGGACCCCUCGACGUGCUGGUCAGGCACCUUCGGGGGACCGCUGCGCCAAAGGGCCGUCUGAGGGCCUUUUCCAGAACCUAAACGUGCAACCUCCAAAGUGUGCUGUGAAUCACAGUACUUGAGAGUUUCUAAACCAGUGGCUAUUUUCUGGAAAUUGAGGAUAUGUGGUAUGUAGGCGUUUUGUGGAAACAAUAGGAAGGAUCACUUAAAAUUGGGCACUCUCUUGCCGGGUGCGGUGGCUCACGCCUGUAAUCCCAGCACUUUGGAAGGCCGAGGCGGGCAGAUCACCUCAGGUCGGGAGUUCGAGACCAGCCUAACCAACAUGGAGAAACCCCGUGUCUACUAAAAAUACAAAAUUAGCCGGGCGUGGUGGCGCAUGCCUGUAAUCCCAGCUACUCGGGAGGCUGAGGCAGGAGAAGUCGCUUGAACCCGGGAGACAGAGGUUGCGGUAAGUGGAGAUCGUGCCAUUGCACUCCAGCGUGGGCAACAAGAACGAAACUCUGUCUCAAAAAAUAAAAAAGGGGGCGCACUCAGAGAAAUUCCCUCA